GCUGCCGCGCCUCGCACGCCGCGCCCAUUGGGUGCUUUAGGUAUUCUGAGUUCUGAUUGGCCGAGCUGGCUCAGGCCGCGCCCCCAGCGGGGCCAGGAAGUGAAGAUGGUGGCGGCGGCGGCGGCGAUGGCGGCGGAUGAGGCAGAGCGGGCGCGGGGCCGGCGCGCCGCCCUGUCCUUCGCGACCAUCGCCGUGGUGCUGGGACUGCCGCUGUGGUGGAAAACCACCGAGACCUACCGCGCCGCCCUGCCCUACGCGGACAUCGAUGGGCUCGGCCAGCAGCCGGUUCAGCUGGUGGUGCCCAUGGCCGUGGUCUUCGCCCCGGGAUCGGUGCCCGGGGACCUGCCGAGGCCGCUGCCCUUCAGGGACGUGCAGGAGAUGGAGAUUUCCGUCAACCUGAGAACCAGCGUCACGUCCCGCUAUGAGAUGCGCUAUCGCAGCACCACGGCUCAGGAGGAGGCAGCACUGGCUGCAGCGACUGCACGAGAGGCUGAUGCUGCUCUGUACCCGCUGCAGGACACCACCUUGGGCUCUCUGACCAUGUACGUGGUCCCUGAAACCUCCUCUCUCCUGCCUCAGGGCACCAGUGUCUACGUGGGGAAGCACCGCAGCGCCCUGGUGAGGGCUGGGGGGAGCCUGGCUGCCCUGCAGGCCCGGCUGCGGGAGGUGACACAGGUGAUGUCCUUCACGGCCAGCUCCAUCGCCGCCGCCCUCUCGGACCGCGUGCCCGACGGGCAGCUCGGCCCCGACGCGCGGCGGAACCUGAAAUCCAGCCUGGGGUAUGAGAUCACCUUCAGCCUGCUGAACCCUGACCCCAAGUCCCACACCGUGGACUGGGACAUCGAGGGGGCUGUGAACCGCUUUGUGAAGCCCGUCCUGGACAAACUGAGCUUGGUGGCCAACUUUUCUGUGGAUUCACAGAUCCUGUACUACGCCGUCCUUGGAGUGACACCACGCUAUGACAAGGAGUCCUCCAGCUUCCUCCUGAGUGCUCACAGCCUCCCACACGUCAUCAACCCCGUGGAGGCCAGACUGGGCUCCAGUGCUGCCUCACUCUACCCCGUGCUGAACUUCCUGCUCUAUGUGCCAGAGCGCUCCCACUCCCCUCUGUACAUCCAGGACAAGGAUGGAGCCCCAGUGAGCACCAACGCCUUCCACAGCCCUCGCUGGGGUGGCAUCAUGGUUUACAACGUUGAAGCCCCUGCUUCCCCCCAAGCCUCCCUCCCUCUGCAUGUGGAUGUGGACAUGGCACGGGUGAUGGAGGUUUUCCUGGCCCAGCUCCGGCUACUCUUUGGGCUGUCUCGGGAAGAGGUGCCCCCCGAGUUCCUGCUGGAAAGCCCAGGGAAUGAGGGGCUGGCUGACUGGGAGCUGGACCACCUGCUGUGGGCCCACACCGUGGAGAACAUCGCCACCGUGUCCACCACCCUGACCUCGCUGGCCCAGCUCCUGGACAAGAUCGGGAACAUCGUCAUCAAGGAUGAUGUUGCCUCUGAGGUGUACCGGGCCGUGGCCUCGGUCCAGAGCGCUGUGACCGAGCUGUCCCUGGGCCACCUGCUCGCAGCUUUCCAGGCCAGCAAGGAGGCUGUCACCUGCUCAGAGAGGGCUUUCUUUGACCCAUCUCUCCUCCAUCUCCUCUACUUCCCCGACGACCAGAAGUUUGCCAUCUACAUCCCUCUCUUCCUGCCCAUGGCUGUCCCAAUUCUCCUGUCCCUGGCCAAGAUUGUCCGGGAGACCAGGCUGCGUAAGAAGGAGCCCACCAAGAUGGACUGAGCGAUGGUGCCCUGGCUGGGGGCUGUCCCCACCCCGUGGGGUGGUGGUGUCACAGACUCAUGGCCCAGGAAGGCACCCCAGGGUCCAGGCCUGGCUGCUUGGCUUGGGUGUGCCAGGGCCAGGAUGCAGGAGUGGGAAGAGAGGCUGCUUUGGGAAGUGGGAAGGGGUCUCAAUUUGGGUGCUGAGCCCUCCUGCACCCACAGAGGCUGAGAGGGGAGGGACGGUGCUCUCUUUGUGCACCCCCAGCUUGGUGCUGUGUUCAGAAGAAGCUGCUGUGUAAAUAAAGAACCCCCUGUUCUCUGGGGGGCUGAUGUGG